CCUGCAGGUUGACCUAACAGAAUAUGUGGAGAAGCAUGAAUUUGUUUUUGAUGCUGUUCUCAAUGAGGAAGUCUCAAAUGAUGAGGUAUAUCGUGAAACUGUGGAGCCUAUAGUUCCUAUAAUUUUUCAGCGCACCAAAGCGACCUGUUUUGCGUAUGGGCAAACAGGAAGUGGGAAAACAUAUACAAUGAAGCCAUUGCCUCUUAAAGCUUCUCGUGAUAUCUUGAGGUUGAUGCACCAUACUUAUAGGAACCAAGGAUUUCAGUUGUUUGUCAGCUUUUUUGAGAUAUAUGGAGGAAAAUUGUUUGACCUCCUCAGUGACAGGAAAAAACUUUGUAUGAGAGAGGAUGGUAAGCAGCAAGUUUGCAUUGUGGGUUUGCAAGAGUACAGAGUAUCAGACGUAGAGACAAUUAGGGAGCUUAUUGAGAAAGGCAAUGCCACAAGAAGUACCGGCACCACUGGUGCAAAUGAAGAAUCCUCCCGUUCCCAUGCCAUUCUUCAGCUUGCCAUCAAGAGAUCUGUUGAUGGCAAUGAAUCAAAGCCCCCCCGUGUUGUUGGCAAGCUCUCCUUUAUAGAUCUGGCUGGAAGUGAGCGUGGUGCAGAUACUACAGAUAAUGAUAAGCAGACCAGAAUGGAAGGUGCAGAGAUCAACAAGAGCUUGCUUGCGUUGAAGGAGUGUAUAAGAGCUCUUGACAAUGAUCAAGGUCACAUUCCUUUCAGAGGCAGCAAAUUGACUGAGGUUCUGAGGGAUUCAUUUAUGGGCAAUUCACGCACUGUUAUGAUAUCAUGCAUUUCACCAGGCUCUGGGUCGUGUGAGCACACUUUGAACACUCUAAGAUAUGCUGAUAGGGUAAAGAGCCUUUCAAAAGGAAAUAACACAAAGAAGGAUGUGUUGUCUUCGACCUUAAACUUGAAAGAAUCAACCAAAUUGCCUUUAUCUUCUGUUUUACAAACUGCUUCCACUGUGGAGGAUGAUAUAACUGACACAUGGCCUGAACAAGAUGAAAGAGAUGAUUUUGAUGCAUCAGAAGAUUCUUAUGAACCAGAGAAACCGAUGUGGAAGAAAAAUGGGAAGCUAGAUCCAUACAGCUUUUCUUCUUCAGAGGACAAAGUAUGGAAACCCAAUAGUCAGACAAAAUGGAACGACCUGCCAAAAUCUGAUCUGAGAAAUUCAAGUUCAGAUGAUGAUCUGAAUGCUCUGCUUCAGGAAGAAGAGGAUCUUGUAAAUGCUCAUCGAAAGCAAGUGGAGGAGACUAUGAAUAUUGUCAGAGAGGAGAUGAACCUAUUGGUCGAAGCAGAUCAACCCGGGAACCAGCUGGAUGAUUAUAUUUCUAGACUGAAUGCUAUUCUUUCUCAGAAGGCUGCAGGCAUUGUGCAAUUACAAACUCAUCUGGCUAACUUUCAAAGACGUUUAAAGGAGCAUAAUGUUCUAGUAUCUUCUUCAGGCUAUUAAUAACUUACAGAGAUGGCAACGCAUACAGAAAGUCAAAUUUCAAAAACUCAUUUCAGAAUACAUAUCAAGAUUGUUGGACUGAUUCAGGGUUUAGUUCUCAUGUAACUCGUGUAAUCUUUAUUACACAUGAGGAGCUGGAGAUUGCCUUGGAUGACGGUCUGUGUAUUACAUGAUACUAUUCUUUCUAUUUCUUUCAUUUCUUGAACAUGUUAUAGGCAGAUGUUGGAUUCAUGCCUUUUGGCAUGCUAUUGUAAAUUUUUCUGCAGCAUUGUAAUUUGAUACAUUUAUAUUG